CCAUGUCGCUGUAAUAUUUAGUCAGUUUUUGAGAAAAUAGGUAUAGAGACAGAGACGCUGACAAGACAACACUAGGUAUAAAAGCGGAAGUGGUGGCUUUAAAAUCACUUGGCUUCUAAAGUCCAGUGACAGAAAAAUGACCGAAGAUCCAAAGCAGAUUGCCCAGGAGACUGAGUCUCUCCGUAAAGUUGCAUUCUUCGGAAUUGCAGUCUCUACAAUUGCUACUUUGACUGCAAUUAUUGCUGUUCCAAUGCUUUACAACUACAUGCAGCAUGUGCAAUCUUCUCUUCAAUCGGAGGUUGAAUUCUGCCAACACAGAUCAAAUGGACUUUGGGAUGAGUAUAAGAGAUUCCAAGGAGUUUCUGGAGUUGAAGGACGUAUCAAGAGAGACGCAUAUCACCGUAGCCUCGGAGUUUCUGGUGCUUCCCGCAAGGCUCGUCGUCAAUCUUAUGGAAAUGACGCUGCUGUCGGAGGAUUCGGUGGAUCAUCUGGAGGAUCAUGCUGCUCAUGCGGAUCUGGAGCUGCUGGACCAGCUGGAUCACCAGGACAAGAUGGAGCACCAGGAAACGAUGGAGCUCCAGGAGCACCAGGAAACCCAGGACAAGAUGCUUCUGAGGAUCAAACUGCUGGACCAGACAGCUUCUGCUUCGAUUGCCCAGCUGGACCACCAGGACCAUCAGGAGCACCAGGACAAAAGGGACCAUCAGGAGCUCCAGGAGCCCCAGGACAAUCUGGAGGAGCUGCUCUUCCAGGACCACCAGGACCAGCUGGACCACCAGGACCAGCCGGACAACCAGGAUCCAACGGAAACGCCGGAGCUCCAGGAGCCCCAGGACAAGUCGUCGAUGUUCCAGGAACUCCAGGACCAGCUGGACCACCAGGAUCACCAGGACCAGCCGGAGCUCCAGGACAACCAGGACAAGCCGGAUCUUCCCAACCAGGAGGCCCAGGACCACAAGGAGAUGCCGGAGCACCAGGAGCCCCAGGAGCCCCAGGACAAGCUGGAGCACCAGGACAAGAUGGAGAGAGUGGAUCCGAGGGAGCUUGCGAUCACUGCCCACCACCACGUACCGCUCCAGGAUAUUAAGCGCUUCAAUGACAUCUCAUUUGAUUAUCUCUGCUUUAUCUCAUUUGUAUGUUUUGUGUAUGAAAAACGAACACACUUAGAAUAGUGGAAUAAAUGAUUUCAUUACAAAU